CCCUCAAGACUAGCUAUAACUAAGAAAGAAAAUCGACAAGAGAGCUUCUAAAACAAAUAUAGAGCUUGAACAAAAGUAGAAACUAAGCUCAGAUUCAACGAAAUGCCUAUCAAUAGAAUUGCAGUUGGAACACCUGGAGAGGCAAGCCAUCCAGAUUCACUGAGGGCUGCUUUGGCAGAGUUCAUCUCCAUGCUUAUUUUUGUAUUUGCCGGUUCAGGAUCUGGCAUGGCUUUUAACAAAUUGACAGACAGUGCUUCGACUACUCCUGCUGGACUAGUAGCAGCCGCGUUGGCACACGCAUUUGCACUCUUUGUGGCUGUUUCGGUUGGUGCUAACAUUUCUGGAGGUCAUGUGAAUCCUGCUGUGACCUUUGGUGCCCUUAUUGGAGGAAACAUCACCCUGUUGAGGAGCAUUUUGUAUUGGAUUGCACAGUUGCUAGGAUCUGUUGUUGCUUGCUUGCUUCUUAAGUUCUCCACCGGUGGAUUGGAAACACCAGCUUUUGGGCUAUCAUCAGGGGUGGGGGCAUGGAACGCUGUAGUUUUUGAGAUUGUGAUGACCUUUGGACUAGUAUACACUGUGUAUGCCACAGCGGUGGAUCCGAAGAAGGGAAAUUUGGGAAUUAUUGCUCCUAUUGCAAUUGGUUUCAUAGUUGGUGCCAACAUCUUAGCUGGUGGUGCUUUUGAUGGUGCAUCCAUGAACCCAGCUGUCUCUUUUGGUCCUGCUGUCGUGAGCUGGACCUGGACUAACCACUGGGUUUACUGGCUUGGUCCAUUCAUUGGUGCUGGCAUUGCUGCCCUUGUCUAUGACAACAUUUUCAUUGGCAGUGGUGGACAUGAGCCCCUUCCCACCAAUGAUUUCUAAGCAUUGCAUCCCUUGUUGAAAUUUAAAUCUCUCUCUCCCCUUUUAGACCAGGGAGGGAUAAGGUUGGGAUUUCCGGUAGUUUGGUUGUUGAUUUUUGCAUUGUUGUUGUUUCCACUGAUUUUACAGCAGUGGAUGGUUCCUUGUUUAAUUGUGUUUUACCUGUUGAAUCAAUGGAAAUGUUUGGUUUUCUUUGAAAA